AUGAAAAAGCGCAAGUUCGGCACUCUCAAUCUGGGCACAAGCACUUUGACGCGUCCGGCGAAGGCACAGAAAGUGUUCUAUGGCAUCAAUAUACACCAAUUGCUGGACGACGCGAAGGCUGAAGAGAACAUACCGAAAGCCGCGAAGACACGGGAACAAAUACCAACGCCGCCAGCAGAGCCUGCUACCAAAAGCAAACGAGCCAAUCUGCUGUGGACGGAGAAGUACCGAGCCAGAAAGUUCACAGAUCUGAUCGGUGAUGAACGCACACAUCGCCAUGUCAUGCAUUGGCUGAAGCGGUGGGAUCAGAUUGUCUUUCCGGGAUCAUACCGACCUAAAGUCAAGAAGGGCGCACUUGUUGAGGAAGAGAAGCCGCAUCGCAAGAUUUUGAUGCUGACAGGUCCACCUGGAUUGGGCAAGACCACUCUGGCACAUGUAUGCGCGAGGCAAGCUGGAUAUGAGGUGCAAGAGAUUAAUGCAAGCGACGAAAGAAGUGCCACUGUAGUGAAAGGCAGAAUAAGAGAUAUGGUGGGGACGGAGAAUGUCAAGAAUGUGGACAACAAGACUGCUGAAGGGAAGGUCAAGAAGGCCGCGAAGCCAGUCUGUGUGAUUGUUGAUGAGGUCGAUGGUGUGGUCGGUGGAAGUGGCGGAGGCGGAGAAGGAGGCUUUGUGAAAGCGUUGAUCGAUUUGAUUAUGCUUGACCAGAAGAACACUCCUCUGGCAUCGAUGUCUCAAGCACCAGCCAAAAACAAGAAGAAAGGCGAGCGCUUUCGACUACUGCGACCUCUGAUUCUGGUCUGCAACGACGUCUACCACCCAUCACUCCGACCCUUGCGGCAAAGCUCGGUGGCAGAAGUGAUUCACGUACGGAAGCCGCCAGUGCAAAGCUUGGUGACUCGCUUACAGCAAGUCUUCGAGAAAGAAGGCGUACCUUGCGACACUGAUGGCGUUCGAAGACUUUGCGAGGCAGCAUGGGGUGUCAGCAACCGGAAGGAGGAUCGCAAAGCAGCUGGAGCAGGUGAAGGUGAUAUGCGAGGCAUUAUGGUAGUUGGAGAAUGGGUGGCUGGCAAGCUACGAGCAUCAAACAACGGCAGCGAACGGCUGACCCGCAAAUGGGUAGAAGACAAUGUUCUCUCAGAUCUGGCUCAUGGCGGAGGUGGCGCCAGAGGUCUGGGACGAGGCGGGCCCAAAGACAUUGUUGAGCGUGUCUUCCAAGAAGGAGCUGGCUUUCCCAAAACAGCUCCAAUGUCCACGCCUCUCCAGAUAGCAGGCAAUGACGGCGUGAAAGGUGUGGCGGAAGGCGUUCGUCGGACCGCUACCUCUCGCCUUCGAGAGCUUAUCGACACGCUCGGCGACACGGACCGCAUCAUCACAGACUGCUUCUCAACUUACCCCGAACGGCCUUUCCAAGACGACACUAUGCUCUCCAAGCCCGAUUCCGCCUAUGAGUGGCUCAACUUUCACGACCGUCUCUCAUCGGCAGUCCAUACGAGCAAUGAAUGGGAACUAGCUCCUUACCUUAGCACACCAGUUCUCGCAUUCCACCACCUCUUUGCCUCCCCCACUGGUAUCCAAUACCAAGCACCUACAGCCAUGGCCGACGCAGACACCGAAGACUCGUCUCCCACCCAUCCCUUCUCCGGCCCUUCAGCCUCCUGGACAGCUCACGAAGCCCAGAAAUCCAACGAAUCUCACCUUCAAACACUACAGUCAAACCUCUCCCUGUCCCUACUCCGCUCCUUCCGCUCUCACACCGACAUAGCAACAGAUCUCCAACCCUACCUCCUACGAAUGCUCAACCCCUCAGUGAACCCAAUCGUAGUAGGAGGCAGCGGCAAAGACAAAGGCACAGCCUCCGUGCGCAAAGCAAGCGAACAAACCCUCAUAAAACGCGCCGUAAACGUCAUGGGAGCAAGUGGGAUCAGAUUCGAACGUGUUCGACUCGAUGGCGGCGCAUUUGAAGAGAAGAGGUUCGGCGCAGCCAAUGAAUGGGUCUACCGAAUGGAACCUCCGAUCGAUACGUUAUGUACCUUUGAAACCGGUGGCAAAGGUUUUGGUGAAGCGGGAGGUGUCAAGACACGCUACGCAGUCCGACAAGUCUUGGAACAGGAAUGGAAGAAAGAGGAAGUACGACUUGCUGAGGAGGCUCGACUUGCAAGAUUCGGGGUGGCGAAUUCUACGGCUGUUGCGCCAGCUGAUGUGAUGAAAAAGAGGAAGCAGUUGGACGAUGUUGACGCUGGUGGGAAAAAGAUUGUGAGGGAUUUCUUUGGGAGACCGGUGGUGGUUCCGUUGAAUGGGGAAGAGACUGAAGUGCAGAAGAGGAGGAGGAUGGAAGCGGAGAAGAGAGAGAAGGGACUGGGUGUUUGGGUUACGUUUCACGAGGGUUUCUCGAAUGCUGUGAGGAAACCGAUUACUUUGAAGGAGUUCAUGCAAGGUCUGUAG